AUGUUUCACUUGAAGCAAUGCUUGAAAGUCGUUUCGCCGACGACCGACAAAGAGUGGGUGGUGCCUGCCAGCCAGUUGGCAACGGACGAGGGCGGCAGCUGGCUGCACCUCCGCUUCACGUGCAUGGCGUUCUGCCGCUUGAUCGUUGCCGAGCCGAAGGGUGCGCUGAACAACUCCAAAGCAAUCAAGGAAAUCAUCAAAAAAAGGAACGAGGCCUUUGACGCUGCAAGCGCUCCCGGCAAGUCGGUCUUCGACGACUCCGACCAGGAGGACCUCGCUGCAGCGGCCGAGGAACCGCGCGCGAAGCGCAGGAAAGCGGAGAAAGCCGCUGCGCCGCUGUCGGUGGAGAUCUCGCUGGACGGAGAUGUAAAGGUUGUUCUUCGAGCCCCAAAGCGCAGAGAUGGGGACAUAUGGGUUCGGUGCGACGAUGAAAACGUUCACGCGCUGCUGCAGCAUCUGGCGUCGCAAGAUCACGUGGACGAGACGACUGCGGCAGGCGCCAAGCGAC